GCGGCGACCGAGGUGGCGGCGGCUGCGGCGGCGGCAGCGAUGGGACCCCAGCGAGAGAUCUGCAGCUAGUUAGCUGCACUUGCUCCAAGGGUCGGGGGAUCGAAGGGGGAUUGGAGAAUGUGCCAUUGAAAAGAAAGAUCCAAAACUGAACAAGCAGAGGAAGAACUUCAAAGCUGAGAAACAUGAGUUCUUGCAGCAACAUCUGUGGAUCCAAGCAGGUGCAGACCGCUAAUGAGGGUGGGUACCAGCGCUAUGGAGUGCGGUCCUAUCUACACCAGUUUUAUGAGGACUGCACCACCUCCAUUUGGGAGUAUGAGGAUGAUUUCCAGAUCCAGCGAUCACCUAACAGGUGGAGCUCAUUAUUCUGGAAGGUCGGUCUCAUCUCUGGCACAGUUUUUGUGAUUCUUGGAUUGACUGUUCUGGCUGUGGGCUUUCUUGUGCCCCCCAAAAUUGAAGCCUUUGGCGAAGCUGAUUUUAUGGUGGUCGACACACAUGCUGUCCAGUUCAAUGGAGCCCUUGACCUGUGCAAACUGGCAGGAGCUGUUCUCUUCUGCAUCGGGGGCACAUCUAUGGCAGGGUGCCUGCUAAUGUCAGUGUUUGCAAAAACCUAUUCCAAAGAAGAAAAAUUACUCCAGCAAAAGUUUAAAGAGAGAAUUGCAGAUAUCAAAGCCCACACUCAGCCCAUUACAAAAGCCCCAGGUCCAGGGGAAACAAAGAUCCCAGUCACUUUGUCCAAGGUUCAAAAUGUCCAGCCUGUAUCAGCAACCUGAAAUAUUCCCCACCCUAGUCCACCCCUCUCUUAUUUGCACACAUGAUGAAAAUGGAGUAGGUCAGUUUUUGAGACAACGGGGACUUGUCAUUGUCUUGUCCCAAGUCUAUGCAUCACUGUGGGCUAUUUAGAGGCUGAACUCAUACUUGGCUUAGUUCAAGUGACUCUCAUGAAGGUUGGUGGCAAGUGUUGUGCUGUGCACAUGCACCCAGUUGCUUAAAAGGGUGUUUCUGUGUGCCUCCAGGAACCCUUCUCGUAUAUUGUGAUUUUGUGUCCUAUUCCAUGUUUUUGGAAAGUGCUGAACAGACCAGCCCCCCCCCCCCCCAGUGGCUAUUGUCCUUUUUUUCCCAUACUGUUGGUUUUCCUCACCUUUCCUUUGUGGUGCUGCCACUGAUUCUUGUCUCACUACAUGUAAAAUAUUGUUAUGUGAUUUUAUAGAAAAAUUGAGUUCCCAGAACUUGACCCAAGUACUAGUCUUUUGAAUCUAUCUUCACAUGAAAUCCCUAAUAAUGGAUACAAAUGUACCUGUACUCUUGGCAAAUCUUUCUGCUUUCUUCAUUUUUUUUUCUUUACUUAGAAAGCCAAACUUGUCAACUAUAAGUUCUUAGGAAAGAAAUGAAUGUGAGAAGUACCUAUACAGUGUCCAAAAAUCACUGAAUCAGAAGUUAAGAAAUGUUGAGUUCUACCACUGUACAACCCUGGGAAAAAUCCCAGGUCUUAGGUUCUUCUUCUGCAUAAUUGGGGUCCUGAUUGUGACACUUGAGUUGUUUUGUUGUUGUUGUUGUUGUUUGGGGGGGAGGGGUUACUAUUUAUUUGUUUUGCCAUUUAUAUCCACACCACUGCCAUCCCAGGAUAUUUUUAUGUUCUUGUAACUCUCACCACAAGAAGAAAUGUACAGUCCUGGAUUCCUGAAAAGUUAUCAAGUCCACACUACCAACUCAGCAAUGCCCACUCUACCAACUCUUAAGUAUCCCACCCUAGCAGUUUAUAGAAUGCUAUCAUAUUUUUAUAAAAUUAAAGUAAGCCAUCCUCAAGUAAGAAUUCUCCUCAGUAGAUAUUAACCUUAAAGGGGGGGGGGGAAUCUUUCUCAACUAGGAUAUUUUCUUCUUCAGUAAAAUGUUGAUUUUGCAGUUAUCUGUGGAUUGAAACUAGGUAAAAUGGAAGAUGUGACCUUGAUAUUCUUUCAAAAUUUGUGCCAUCUUCAAGUUGUGUCUAUUUUUUCCCUUCUUUCACUGGAUAAAUAAAAUAUGUGAACAAGUGGAACCUGAA